UGAGAUACGGCGUGAAAAAGAUUGCAUUUUUAUCAUUGUUCUUCGACUUUUUCUGCUUCCCUUCCUCUUUCUCCUCCUCCCUUUUGACAAUGCGAAGAGGAUGAGGAACGAGAAGAGAGAUAGAAGUCAGAAGAGGAGCAGUUGCUGAAACUGGUUUCGGCGGUCCUCUCCCACCCGCCCUACCGUCUCUGCUCUUGGAUAGUUCUUCGCCAGAUGUGGACAAACUGCUAAAAGUUCGCAUCUUCCUAAAAAUUAAUACUUCAAUUGUUGCAAUCCUUCGUUUUUUACUGCUUGCCCCAGUGAUUCUCGCGUUCUGCGACCUCUUUGGGACCCCGCGAAGGCGACAAAUCCGUCUCGAGUUUUGUAACGUGAUUUCCCCCUUCAUCUUUUGGCUUAUCUUGUCGAGAUUUGACCCGAAGUUCGUGUCUUGCUGUUGCCUAUGUUGAAUCCCUCGAUUUGUUAUCCGAAAAGGUCAAUUUUUUGGCUACGCCCUUGAAGGAAAAGCUCCCAAAAGUUCGGAUCUUUGGGUUGCGCACGGAAUCGCCUGAUUCUGAUGGGAAAUUGCUGCGGGGCGCCUGCCGAUCCGGAGAAGAGGAGGGCAAGGAGGAAGAAGAAGAAGGAGAAGAGACCGAAUCCCUUCUCGAUUGACUACAACCGCGGGCCGGGGCCGACUCCUACCCUCGUCGUCCUCAAGAACCCCACCGGAAGCAACAUCGGCAGCCGGUACAAGCUCGGGCAGGAGCUUGGCCGCGGCGAGUUCGGUAUCACCUACCUCGCCACCGACACGUCCACCGGAGACCGCUUCGCAUGCAAGUCCAUCUCCAAGAAGAAGCUCCGCACCGCCGUUGACAUCGAGGACGUGCGGAGGGAGGUGGAGAUCAUGAGGCACAUGCCGAGCCACCCCCACGUUGUCAGCCUCAAAGACACCUACGAGGACGACGCCGCUGUUCACCUCGUCAUGGAGCUCUGCGAGGGAGGUGAGCUCUUCGAUCGGAUCGUUGCAAGGGGCCAUUACACUGAGCGGGCGGCCGCGGGUAUCAUGCGGACCAUCAUCGAAGUCAUUCAGGAGUGCCACAAGAAUGGGGUUAUGCACCGGGAUCUUAAGCCUGAGAACUUCUUGUUCGGGAACAAAAAGGAAAAUGCCCCAUUGAAGGCAAUUGACUUUGGCUUGUCUGUGUUUUUCAGACCUGGUGAGUGCUUCAAUGAAAUUGUUGGUAGUCCGUAUUACAUGGCACCUGAGGUUCUAAAGCGAAAUUAUGGCCCUGAAGUCGAUGUUUGGAGUGUGGGUGUUAUCCUAUACAUCCUUCUUUGUGGUGUGCCUCCAUUUUGGGCAGAGACUGAACAAGGUGUUGCACAGGCGAUUCUUUGUUCUGUUGUAGAUUUUAAAAGAGAACCAUGGCCAAAGGUCUCUGAUAGUGCUAAAGAUCUUGUGAGGCAUAUGCUCGAACCAGAUCCUAAGAAGAGGUUGACGGCUCAGCAAGUUCUUGAUCAUACAUGGCUGCAGAAUGCAAGUAAAGCUCCCAAUGUUAAUCUAGGUGAAACCGUACGAGCAAGACUUCAGCAAUUCUCUGGGAUGAACAAACUUAAAAAGAAAGCUCUACGGGUUGUGGCUGAAUACCUCUCUGUCGAGGAAGUUGCAGACAUAAAGGAAAUGUUUGACAAGAUGGACAUUAAUCAAGAUGGGAAACUAUCCUUUGAGGAGCUGAAACUCGGUUUGCAUAAGCUCGGUCACCAGAUUUCAGAUUCAGACAUCCAGAUAUUAAUGGAAGCAGCUGAUGUCAAUGGAAGCGGUACCUUAGAAUACAGAGAAUUUGUUGCUGUAUCAAUCCACUUGCGCAAGAUUGGAAACGAUGAACACCUGCACAGAGCCUUCUCAUACUUCGAUCUGAACAAGAGUGGAUACAUAGAAAUUGAAGAACUCAGUGAUUCCUUAGCUGACGACUUGGGUCCAAACCGAGAAGAAGUUAUUAAUGCAAUCAUCCAUGAUGUCGACACAGAUAAGGAUGGAAGAAUAAGUUACGAGGAAUUUGCAGCAAUGAUGAAAGCAGGCACCGAUUGGAGGAAGGCGUCGAGGCAGUACUCGAGGGAGCGGUUCAGUAACCUCAGCUCUCGGUUGAUGAAGGAUGGAUCUUUGCAGCUGAUAAGUGGGGGUAGAUAAAACCGAACAAGAACAAGCACAAGUGCACAUUUGAAAUUGUUAGUCCUUCUGUUUUUUAUGGUUUCAAGUUAUUCUUUCGACUGCACGGCUGCACCGAUGUAGAAUUUACGAGGAACAUAGAGAUAAGGUAUUCUGACGGAGGAUUACUAUGUACAUAAGGAACGCCAUUGGGGGAUGGAAAUUGCCAGUUUAGUCUAUUCACCCCCUCCAUCCUCUCGGUAUACUGUGUGAUUGUUUUAUGUGCAUCUUUCAAUUUAUUGUGCCAAAAAAUUGAUUGCA